GCACACAUACUUUCUUCUCUUGAGAAUAUGAAAGACAAUGACACAAUGUCUUCUACAGAGCCAAUCCUUCUUCUUUGAUUCAUAUAGAUUAGAUGUAUCAUGGAAGAAAAGAAGGAUGAAAAAGAUAGGACACUGAACGAAGGCGAAGCAGAGAUUGCUAUUUCACAUGCAAAGAGACUUGCUUACUCAAGGCGGAGUCCAAGCUUCCAAUAUUGGAAUUAUUCACAGUAUGUUAUGCAGGUUCUAUUACAAAAGAUGUUGAGAAGCAAGAAGGACUGGCUAAAGGAUACAGCAACUGUGAAUGUAGCAUCUUCUUGGUCCACGACCCACUUCAUGCAACUAAAUGCAAGACAGAUGCUUCUUGUUGUUCUAGAAGUGGCAGAUUGGUCUACCAGUGGUUAUGAGGAAUGCUGGAGGACAGGCUAUAGAUUGGCAUAGCUAUUCAACAGUACACCUUAUCUGCCCUCGCAGAAGAGGCAUAAGCUCUUCGUCUUGCAGUGGGAAGGGCAACGGCAAAUGGUUUUCAAGAGUCAUUUUUGAAGCAGGAAAAAUUUAGCUCGGCAAAUUGCUUGCAUUGUGGAACCCAUAUGGAGUACUGUGCUACCACCUUUUGAAUGGUUUGAUUUUGUGUUUGUCCCUGGAAUAAGCUGACAAAGCUACU